AGAAAUCCGUCUGGAGUGCUGUGUGAAAAUGUAAGAAUCUGAUCUUGAUUACUUACGUCUUAACAAUGAGACGGGGAGGACAAUAUUUACAGGAAAGUAGGAAAGGUGUGCGUGGAAGAUGUCUUCGCUGAGCGCAUUAAACACGUCUAUCGAUAGUAUUAAAAGAGCAAUAGAUGCUAUUAAAGAUUUUCUCAGCAUCGCUCUAUGCAUUGCUAAUGCCCAUACGGUCGACUUUUACACCCGCGAUUUGUGGAACGAGUUAGUUGCCGUGCCGGCUGACAGUGUUUUAUCAGUUAUUGUUGAUUCCACUGGCCAGAGGAGGGCGCCAUCCGCUGAAAUCUUUCCAGGAAGACACAGCAGUUCCUACGGCUUCAGUAGCGACACCAGGCGCUUGGAGGAUGUGGAUGCUCUUCUGGAUGCAGCCAGAACACACUCCCUUCCUGCGCUCAGCGUCUGUGUGCCCCUGCCAGAGUUACUGAAGGCUUUACCUGUCCAAUAUGACUCUGCCCUGCCUGAGAAUGAUGUGAGGCUGGAGCCGGAUGAGUUUAUGAACUCCAAGAAGUCUCAUGAGGUUCAGAUCAUGGCUGGAGUUGUGGCCGGACUAGCGGACUGCUGCUGUGUCCGACAGGUCAUUGACGUCGGCUCCGGAAAGGGCUACCUCUGCUCCUUUCUAUCCAUGCAGUACGGCCUCAAGGUUUUCGGCAUCGAUGCCUCCAGCACAAACACCCACGGGGCCUGGGAGAGGAACAGGAAGCUGAAGAAGUACUCUAAGGCCUAUCAGAGGCACGGCCGACGGAGAGCCUUGGCCUCCGUGCCCAGCAGCGGAGCGGGAGAUGAGGCCCGGGAGGAGGAGAGCAUCCUGUCAGCCGGGAGCGGCCCGUCAGCCAACCCGGAGGCUGUCUCAGGCGGAUCGCUGCCGGAAGCCUUCGGCCCCAGCCUGGAGGACCCAUUCCUGGGCCUCCUCUCUCCAGAGGCUGUGGAGCCCCCCGUGUCCCGUGUGCCCCCCUGUGAGCUGACCAAUGAGGAGAGGGAGAGGAGGAAGCGAGAGAACCUGGAGAGGAAGGCGCAGAGCGUGAGGGACGACGGCCUUUACUCCCCGGUGACCUCAUACGUCACCGCGGAAACAGAGCUGCGAGACAUUAUCACAGAACUGGAGGAUGCGGUGCUCGUCGGGCUGCACACAUGCGGCGACCUGGCGCCCAGCACUCUGCGCAUGUUCGCGGCCAAACAGGAGCUGCGCGCGCUGUGCAGUGUGUCGUGUUGUUACCAUCUCUUAUCAGAGGAGUUCGAUCACCCCGCCGGAGACGGCCCGACUGGGGGCUGGGGGUUUCCCAUGAGCCGACACUUAAGAGACCAGCGGUGGUGUUGUGGCAGAAACGCCAGGAUGUCUGCGUGUCUGGCCUUGGAGCGAGUCGCAGCGGGUCAGGGGCUUCCCAGUGAAUCCCUGUUUUUUCGGGCGGUCCUUCACGUUAUUCUCCGGGAUCACUAUGAUGCGUUUAAGAGUGAAAGGCGUGUGGGGAAUGUGUUCUCCAAAGCCACCUCCUUUGUGGACUAUGUCAGAAGGGCCCUAAAGAAGCUGGAACUCGAUUACUCAAAGCUGUCUGACAGCCUGAUCCAAAGUUACCGUGAGAAAUAUCUGCCAAGGAAGAAGGAGAUGGAGGCCUUCAACAUGUUGAAGGUGUCCUUGGCUCCUUGCAUCGAGGGUCUGAUCCUCCUGGACCGUCUCUGCUAUCUGAAGGAACAGAAGGAAACAUCUUCUUGCGUGCUGGUGCAGCUUUUUGACCCACUGAUGUCACCGAGAUGCUAUGGACUCGUCGCCUUAAAGGAACGGCAGACCCCAUGAAGGCUGCUGAACAUCUCACAAGCGUGUUGUUCAUUAUCUCAUAGUUUUACCGUUUACACUGUGCUGAUGGCUUCCAUACUUCCAGCUUUACACAUUCAUUUUGGCAAUUAACAGAUCAAGACGAUUUAAUUAAAGUUAAAUUAUUUCAACAUUUUUCAAAGUUCAAAGGGUGGAUUUUUAAUUCUGUGAUUAUGGUGUUAGCUUUUUAUGGCAAAAAUCGAUGACGCAUUUUUUCAAGAAAUGUCAGUUUGUUUUUGUUUAUUUGGAAUGAAUUAAUACAACAUGGUGUACAUUCAAUGAAUGAUAUAUCAAGCUAUGAAUUUUAUCUUUUUUGUAAUAUACUAACCAGCAGUUCAGCUGUUUUAUUUUUUAUGUAACAUAAAGGGUGCUUUUUCAUUUAAGGUAAAAUUUAAGGCAGUAGUAUUUAUAAUGCUCCACAGAGAGCAGUUUGACCCACAGAGUUGUGUUCAUGAGUGAAUGUCUGUCUAAUUCUCAGUUUUAGCAGGAAUCUCAUCAAACACACACACACACACACACACACUCCGGAGAAGAUUACUUCUUCCUUCUUUAGCCCUAGACAAUUUACUACUAGAAUCAAAAUUCUUAUACCUGUAUAAAUUACUCCAGUAAAAGGCUACCGUUUCAUGAAUAUUAUGUUUCUCACUUGCUUUCAACUGUAAUUUCCAUUUCCAUUUUUAUUGCCCUUCUGUGAAUAUAGCGCUAGGCGUCUGUAUUCAUAGAAGAAACUAUUUAUCAAAAGAAACACUUCUACCAGUUAGUUCAUUUCAGUACGUCAUCACCAUAGCAGGGGCUAUGUUAAAAAGGUCCUACGUCCUAUUUUCUUAAAUGGGUUUUAGAAAUACUUUCUGAACUGAUUAAUGGUGAAUGUCAUUUCUGAUUUGUCACAGAUUUAUUUUCAGGAAUAAAACUGAGAUGGAUAAUGGAGGUAGAGCAA